UCCCGUCGGGCCCCGCGGCCCCGCGGCAUGCCGGGAGCUCGGGGAAGGCGGCGCGCGGCCCGGCCGGCGGACGCCCGGCGAUGCUGCCGAGCGCAGCCCCUCCCCUCCCCGCUGCUCGGAGGAGGAGAUGCUGCCCCGCGGCGCUUACCCGAGCGGGCGCGAGAGGGACGAAACCAACCACGCACCGGCUUCCCGCCACCGCCUUUAAACCACCGCCUGCUGCUGCGGAAAGGCGGCACCCCCGGCUCCCCAGAUGCCGACCAAUUCCGGCCUCAGCGAACGGGGGCCCGGGCGGGACGCCGUCGCGUUCCUGAUUGGCUGGCUGCGCGGGGCCGCCUCGCUCGGAGACGCGGAGGGGCCGGGCGGGAAAGCCAGCUGUGGCCGGCGGGGAUUGGCGGAGCGACGCGGGACUUACACGCCUCUCCCCGACGUUGGUGGGCUGGUGAGGGGGUGGUCGGGCUGGGCCCCGCGGAGGCGCAACUCCUGAUUGGCCGGCGCGCUUUCCCUCGGGCUCUGGCGAUUGGCGGCUGGCCGGGGGCGCGGCGCUGAUUGGGCGGCAGCCCGCCUUGGUCCCGCCCCGCCCCUGGGGUUGACUGGCGGAAGGGGAAGUGGGGGGGCAGGUGGCGGUGGGGAAGAUGGCGUACCAGAGCCUGCGGCUGGAGUACCUGCAGAUCCCACCGGUUAGCCGCGCCUACACCACCGCCUGCGUCCUCACCACCGCCGCUGUGCAGUUGGAAUUGAUCACACCUUUUCAGUUGUACUUCAAUCCUGAAUUAAUCUUUAAACACUUUCAAGUAAGUGGUCCAUCACAGCCACAAUUCACAUUUCAGCUGUUAAACUUGUUUUUCGUGCUUUUUGGUAGCGGAUCCUUCCAUAGGCUAUCAAAAAAGAAUGCAGUGGGGAUAUUUGAUUGUAAGUCUCACUGUUGGGGGGUGGGGAGGGUGGUAAUAAGGAUGUGACUCUGCUCCCUGACUGGGCUUCAGAACCACCUGGGGAACUCUUAAGAGAUUCUCGGGUUCUUCAUGUACCAAAACCGCAGUCACCAAGGGUAGGAAUUAAGAAUCUGUAUUUUAUUUUUCCCUGCAUGGUUUUGAUUUGAUGUGUCCAGUUUCUUUUUUCUUUUUUUUUUUUUUUUUAAGAUUUUUAUUUGUUUAUUUGACAGAGAUAGAGACAGCCAGCGAGAGA